AAAUGGUCUCACAAAAAUUUUAGCCGCGAACAAUGAAACAACAUAGUGUCGAAUUUUGCUACGAAAUCUAGUUCCGUUAUAUACCACAAGAAUAUCCAUUUUUUUGACAAAAAACAUCAUCUAAAAUAUAAAAUUAUCAAACAAUCGUUUCGUUUUUGGCUGCGGUCGCACUACCGGUACUCAUAUUGUUAAUAAUAUUAACCACACAUAUUAAAUGCCAUUAUUAUUCAUGGACCCGGCAAAGCCACUGUACCAUAAACAGAGAGCAAUCGAAAAAAUUAAAUUAAAUCAAUUUAAAUCGCAAUCCGACACAAAACACGGAAAAUAAAAGAAAUCAAAUACAUAAACUAAAUUGCCAGGUACUCAAGCCGAAAGCAAAAAAUAAAAAUACUUUUUUUUAUGAAAAACGAGUGUUUCCGAAACGGAAAAAAGUAAAUAAUUCAAUUAAUGCUUAAGAGAAAUAUACUAAGAGGAGAAUAAAGCAUGCAACAAGUUGAAUCCGGCCGCAAGUUGUAAACCAAGUUAGAUCCGCACACAGAUACACACAAAUAAACACGCGAACGGCCCGGCCCGACAGAAUCACACACACACAAACACAAACGAGCACACACACAAACACACAGACCAUAACAAUGUCAAGUGAAAACAUUCUCUGGAAGCAACAGGUUUCCCCUUAAUAAGUCAUCGCCCAGAACUGUUCGCUCGAAAAGAGAAAAGGAGAAGAGAAAAGAAAAUAAAAGAGAGCGCGAAGAGAAAAUAUAAGAAAAAAGAAACACAAAAGAAUUCAGGCAGAGAAAAUUAUAAAAUUCUAUGAGAAUAAUAUAAUAAUAAGCACUAAGCAGACAGUCCUAAGUGGGUUAACACAGAAACAACAGAAGUGGACCCAAAUCAUCCCGAAAACCCAUCCGGCAGAUCAACAGAGACAGACUUCUUAGAUCGCAUCGCAUCCAAAAAGAAUCAACCUUAAAGAACCAUGGAAUUCUACGAUGGCGACCUCAAAGAUAUAUGGGAUUCCGAUUUAGAUCCGGAAUCCUUGAAAAUUAGCAGCGAUCACGAUAUGCACGACUGGCUGUUCGAUCGCGAUGUCAAAGAUCCCACCGUUAUACUCAAUGACAAGCUCAUCUCGGAUGCGCUGCUCAAUGGUACGCUGCCAAUCAAAACCGAGCAUUCCUAUAGCCUUAGUAGCGAUGUUGAUUCCCUGCCAGACUCACCAAAGAGUCUGCACCCCAAAAUCGAGGACAUGGAUGACGAAUGCUUCCCCGCCAUUUCACUGAAGUCGGCCACCAGUGUGCGGGCCACCAUCGAUCCCAAAUGCCUGACCCUCCACCCGCAAUCGCACACACCCGCCACACACAGCAGCCGCGUGAGCUGCAGUCCCGCCCUGAGCUCAGAGCUGACCACAGCCACAGCGACUUUGACACGGGCCGGGCUCCAGACGCACGCGCACCACCUGCAGAGCGGGAGCAACAGCAACAGCUCCAGCCACAGCCACAGCCACGUGGUCGCCGCUAUGGAUCACUAUCAACUACCUCACUUGUACGACAAUGACUGCAGCUCGUCGUUGUCGUCGAUUCGGGAUGGCAGCAUAUCACCGGACAUCUGCUCGGACAUUGAGAUCGACGAGUCGGCAAUCAAGGAUGAGCCCAUGUCGCCAGACUCCAGCUGCCCCGCCAGUCCCAACUCACAGGCGAGCAGCUCCCAGCAGCACCAGCUGAGCCUCAAUCUGGCCCAUCUACAGACGGAAAUGCUCUUUGAGCAGAAGCACGGCGGCCUCUUGCUGACCAGCAGCAGCAGCAGCAGCAGCAACAAUCACCUCAUUAAGUCCCAGCAGAGACAGCACCAGCACCCGCUCCUUGGACAGGGCGAUCUUAUAAUGGCCAAAAUGGAGAUCAAGAGCGAGAAACAAAACACCAGCAACAGCAGCACCACGAGCAGCAGCAGCUCGGGCAAGUCACAUGCCUACGGCAUUCCCCUGACGCCGCCAUCAUCUCUGCCCAGCGACGAUUCCGAAGGUAACUUGACACCGGAACAUUUGUUUUCGCCACUGUCGCCCAACGCUUCCGUUUCUAUAUCCGUGGCCAAUGCAGCCAAUGGCGAGUCAUCGACCAUGGUGCGGCGAAACGUUACCGGCAUCACGCGCUCUGCCAGCUGCGGCGGUUCCGGCACCGGCACCGGCUCCGGCUCCGGCUCCAACACCAGCACGACCACAACAAGGCAGCCCAUACACACGCCGUUGAUAAGCUCCCAGCCGAAGGGCUCUACAGGCACACUGCUGCUGACAGAGGAGGAGAAACGCACAUUGCUGGCCGAGGGCUAUCCGAUACCGCAGAAGCUCCCGCUAACAAAAGCCGAAGAGAAAUCGCUCAAGAAGAUCAGACGUAAAAUUAAAAAUAAAAUCUCUGCUCAGGAAAGUCGUCGCAAGAAGAAGGAGUAUAUGGACCAGCUGGAGAGGCGCGUGGAAAUUCUUGUCACUGAGAAUCACGACUACAAGAAGCGCCUCGAGUCGCUGGAGGAGACCAAUGCCAAUCUACUUAGUCAGCUGCACAAAUUGCAGGCCCUAGUUAGCAAGCACAAUGUGAAAAAGUCCUAAGCCAGGGACCCAGGACGUGUGCCGGUUCCGUUUCUUGUUUGCCGCCUUCCCGAAAUACCUAUAUAUCUAUACCUAUUUACCUAUACCUACACCUAUACCUAUAACUACAUAUGAAUGUAUAUGUAUAUAGAUAUCUAUACAUUUUUUUUUGUAUUUUUUUUUCCGCCUAUUACUUCUGAAGUUUUCUGUGAGAGUUUUGAAGAAUUUAUAAGACUUGCGCUGUUAGCAAGGAAAUGUAAGAAUGUUUGUCCGGCUUUUUGUUAGCACAAAUCGGAAGAAAUGUCCUCCCUCCCUCCUACUCCGCGACUGCUCAUCCAGCUUUCCCACUCCCCUUCCCUCCACUCCAUACAUAUUCAAAAAAGAUUUAGCACCCAGAUGCCUAUAACUAAUACCAUAUAAUUUGUGUGUAUGGAUGUAUGUCCUAGCUACUUGUAGAACGUUUCUUAUAUAUAGAUAUGUAUAUUAGUCAUGCAUUCCUGUUAUAUAAACUUUACCUAGAGUAACUCCAACUCCAACUACAACCACAACAGAAACGAUCGACGAGCUCAAACAGCAGAAGCCAAUUCAGAAAAGCGUCAUAAGAGAAGCUAACUAACAAUAUUGUACUCGUAAUAGAACGAAAUCAACAGACCAAAAAAACAAACAAAAAAAAGAAAAACAAAAAACAAAAAUGCAAAGAAGAAAAGCUUAAAAAAUGGGAUAUGGCAUGUUUUGAUGUGGGCUCUGUUCGAUCUGAUCUGAUAUAAUUUAACUUUAUCUACAUAAGCGAGCAGCGAUAUACAUGUGCAUACAUUAUGUUUUAGUAAUGAUUGAAUGAAUGAACGAAAGACCUCGGAGCCGCAUCUCUGCACUAUCUUUGGCAUGACUCUUGUUCCUUUAAACGUCAUUUCUCAAGCAAACGAAUGAUACGAAAGUAUAUACCUAAACAAUUCCAUAAUGGAGCUAGAUAGAAUGAUUUCACAACGAACUACAUAUGUUUAUAUGCUGAAUUUUAGUUUCUUUUCAUAAGUUUACCACCAGCAACCGCAAAGAAACGCACCAAUGUAGAAUGUAGAAAGAAUCUUGAAUUGGUUCUCUGUCGCGUUGCCUGGCCAACUUAAACAAUUUCCGAGCCAAUUAUGAAAAUGAAUUAUUGUUUGUUAAGUUUAAUAUUAUAAGACGCCGCUGCACUGACCUCAAAGUUCGAGGGCAAACCCCAAUUUAAUCAAAUUUUGCAGCAAUUAUUUUUUUUUUUUUUUUUACAUCUUAGUGCAAUUUUUUGGCAUAACUAGAAAUGCAGAUGUUUCGCGCUUUUUCCGCGGCGUUAAAAAAUGAGUCAUUCUAGUUUAAAUUAGUUGAAUUUAUCUAAAAAAAAGAAAAAUACUUAAGCGAAGUUUUAAGCGUAAACCGAUGAUUUCUUAUUAAAUCGAUAAUACGAGUACUAUCUAUACAAAAUAUUUUAGGUAUUUUAAUGUAUUUUUGUUUAUGUGUGUGUAAACCAAGCGGAGUUGUGCAAUUGUAAGUAAAAUUAAACAACAAAGAAAAACCUUAUAGAAAAAUAUGGAAUCACACUGAAAGAAAAAGCUUGUGCAAUGACAAAAACUUGACUAUAAAAUUCGUUAAAAAAUAAACAAAUAAGAUACGAUAAUAGCAAUCCAUUUGGAAAAGUAAAAGCGUUUUGAGAUGUUUAUACACAAAAGUACAGCAGUUUUAACGCAUAUUGUAAACUAAAAUUGAAAACGAUUCCAACGAAAACCAGAAAAUAUACACAAAAAAAUUGUAAAACUUUUAUGAGUGGUUGCUGUAGUUUGGAAUAAGCAAGUGCAAUUCAAAAUAAAACGCAAACAACCAUUAGAACAGCA